GGUCACGGCACGAGGACACGAAGGAUAAAUAUGGCGAUAAGAGAAUAGCCGAUAAGAGCUCCACCCACAAAAAAAAAGACAUGUAAUUCAGUCAAAACCGGAAAAGUCCUUAAUAUUUUUUUAUUUUUCACUUGUGCACAUCCUUGUUCACCCACCCGAUCUGCCGUCGUCACGCAGGAUGGACCUCAACGAGAUUUCCAUGUGCAUGGACGUGAAGCUGGAUACACACGACAAGCGCCCAGUGGCGCUGAGAUACAAGACAUGGACCCGAUGCCAAGUUAAAAUUGAGGCCAUUAAAUGUGUGCCCUGCUUCCUGCGCCUCAGCUUCCAGGCAUCGGUGGAGGCGACGGAAACUACCGGUUCGCAUCCGUCCGCCAAGCAUCCGCCACUGAGCAUUUCGGUCAACGUUCCUGGGGUCAGCCUCAGCCUGGCCACCUCGCGCACAAUGCAGCACUCAUAUGGGCUGUUCUGGACCCAGAAUCGUCGUGACUGCUUCAUCUACUUUGCCCUGGAGACUGAGACUUCUUGCCGAAGGCACAUGAAGUGGAUGCGAAAGUCUAUCAAGAACCUGGAGCUGUACCGGCAGAUCUUUCUCGAACAGCGCCGCCUGAGCAGGGGCCCCAGAGGAUUGGGUCCUCUGCCCAAUUUGCCUGAAACUACUCUAGACGGCAGCAAUUUCUCUACGCGGGUUUCGCAAAUCUAUGAAGAGAUCUUUGACGGUAGCCGCAUCUCACGCGUCUCGAUCGCUUCGGGCGUUUACGAGGAAAUGAAGCCAUCGGUAAUGGAGACGCCGUCACCGCCCCCGCUGCCUGUGCAACCGCAUCGCAAGCGCAUUAACACCUUUGAGUGUGCUCAGCUGGGCGAGAUUCCGCGGUGCAGUACCAAUCCGGAGUCGGAGCUGGCCAAGAAAAAGAAGUACAAGACAAUGUUGGAUAAUCUGUUCGGAGGUGCACGUCAAAAGCGCUCCGACAGCGCCAGCGAGCAUGGCCAGCCCCAAGAUCAGACUGAGCAGCCCUGCAACGACAACGUCCCUUCACCAUCGGAGACAGCGCUACCACCACUCUCGCUCAAGCGCAGCUCCCAGCUUAGUAAGUCUCAGCGCAACAGCUUCUCCAGUCCCGAUCUUUCGAAACUAAACUUUUUGGACACCUUCGGUGAUGAUCUUGGCGGCCAAAACCACGAGUCGAGCCUGGAGCUGAACAUAAGUCUGGAUGACUCGGUCAUUGAACCAAUCUCUCGGAACCAGCUUGUGGCCCAGAUCUCAAAGCAGCUGCUCCAACAAGGCGGGAAUACGGGCUCCCUAGAGAGCUUAAAUGUUUCCGAGCAACUGCCGCACAACUUUAACUUUUCAGCGUGCAACACGUCCACCAUCAAUCUUAUUGGAUCCCAUGGAGCUGUGCCAGAGCCAGGCAAUCUUUUAAAAAAGAACAAGAUUCUGGUAGACGAUCUCACCGGCUACUGCGUGAUGGCGCCCAUUAUUUUUAAGGCGGAUAAGGAGGUACCACUGCAACCAGGCGGUAGCACCGCUUCGACUUCGUCCGGCUACUCCACAGGCUCCUACUGCUCCUCCACCAGCAGUUGCAAUACAGAGGACCAACCCGCCGCAAAGACGCUGGUGGCGCAGGCGGCCAACGAGAGCGACAUUUACGAAGCCAUGCAUGGCAGUUCCUUGAAUAGCACCGUUGGAACGACGGCUGCAGCUGGAUUUGCGGAACAUUUAUACGAGAACCUAUUAGCUGUCAAAGCCGCCCAGGAGCUAGAAGCCCAACCGCUCUGCUUUGGCCUGAGUACUAGCACACCCACCGAAUCUCCCUUGGCUCCAGCUUUGCCACAGAAAGCCAGCCACAGGGAGAAGACAAGCUCCUCCAGUCAACUGCAGCAGGAGGAGGAGGAGGACUAUUACCAGACUCCGAGAAAGUCUAUAAUUAGCGUGGACGACAAGAUACCCUCCUACUAUCCAAACAGCUGCGAUACCCUAAAGUCUAAGAGACGCAGUCCUCCGAAUGUAAGGCACUUGGUAAGCAGCGCCUCAAAGUUAAGGCGUGACAGAAAGGAGAACCUGUACAUUUCGUCGCCCCACCAGAUCAUCGAACAGCGUCAGAGGGUCACCACCACCAGCUCAUCAUCAUCAUCAUCAGCAGGAUCAUUAUCCAAGUCGAGAAUCUCAACCAAAAAGACUGCUGCCGCACACAAAAUCUCCGAGGGCGUGUAUGCCGUUAACCAUUCUGUUCAGCGCCAGAGCAACCAUACCCACCAAACCAAUAACAACGAGGGAGGAGUAGAGGAGGAGCUUCUGCACCUCACCAUACUGAAGAACAUUGACUUCAAGUUCGACGACGGCCAGGAGACUCACGAGACGGAUGAUGCUGGUCGGACCAAGUCAAGGCGUCCGACAGGGAUUAUCGAACCGCCGCCGAAGCUGGAGAAUCGCUACCAUGCAGCCGAACAGGCGGCCACCAAGCUCUUGCAGAAGUACGCCACACUACUGUCCCCCAGUAAGGGCAAGGCACUGGCAGCCGAUGCCGAUCCACAGCCGAUGACACAGUCGGUGGCCACGUCCAACGAACUGCAGCCGCCGGCGGGGUCCAGCACCAAGAAGUUUGCUUCGCUGCCAAGAUUUAAGAAAAUUGACUUUUCGCCACUGAAAAUUAGACUGAACAAUGUCCUGCAGAGGAAUCCUCCGUCGCCGCAGCAGUAAUAUCCCCCAAAGCU